UCCUUCUCUUUGUCACAACCAACCACCAUGUCCACUAAUAGACCUUACAGUAAUGCCGGCCUUGGCCAGGGAAUUGUCCAGGACAGCUUCAGCAGCGAUGCAGGCGCAACGAAGAAAAUCAUCAAUCAUGCGCUGCGUCCGGUAACCAUCAAGCAGCUUAUCACUGCCACGCAAACCCAGGCCGAUGGAGACUUUAAAAUUGACGGGCAUGACCUUGGACAGAUUACCUUCAUUGCGGUCGUCAGAUCUAUCAACCGCCAGUCGACUCAGGACACAUACAGCGUCGAGGAUGGAACAGGAGCGAUCGACGUAAAGAGAUUUCGCGCUGAGGAUGAAGAUCCUGCAGAGCUGAACUCCGUUGUAGAGGGCACAUAUGUCCGUAUUUUCGGCUUAUUGAGGCAGUUCAACCAGCGCUUCUCGAUCAACUCCCAUACCAUCCGUCCAAUCCAGGAUAUGAACGAAAUAACGUAUCACAACCUGGAGGUGAUUUACGCCCACAUCUCUUCCACGCGCCACAAGGUACCGUUUCCAGCAGCUGUUGGUCACUCGGGCAUAGACACAAGCAUGAUGUCGUCCUCCUCUCACAACUAUGGCAGUCAUGGCAUAGCUGGCGCAGGAGGCAUGGGUGCUGGAUCAUCGGGCGGGGAUGUGGCCCAGCAAAUCACGGAGAUGAUUACCACCCAAACCCACAGCACUGGCGAUAACAAGGGUGUCCAUCGUCGGGAGAUCAUCGCUCGAUUUGCGCCUAUUGCUGGAGGUGCCGAGGCAGUCAACGGCUUGAUAGCCAAUAUGAUCUUAGACGGUUUUCUGUUUACAGGGGAGGAUGAAGACCAUCUCAUGGCUAUCGACUAAGCUGCGAGCGAGUAAAGAGUCCAGCUCCUAUUGAGCGAAGAAACUCAAGAGUGCUGAGAACGCUCGCGAGGGGAUACAUGUACAUGCGCAUAUACAUUCCUUGUGGCAUUAUUUUAAUAAAGAAAAAUUGACGAAAUGGUAAGAUUUACCUUUGAACAUUAUCAAUGCACCAGGGUCAAUU